AAAAGCAGAUAAACAUUGCCUUUAACAUUGGUCUGAACUAGGGAAAUAAUUAUAAGGCAGGUCUGAAACAGGGUAUUGAUUUAAGGGUCAGGUCAUAAAUAGGGUAUCAAAUUUUUGGUUAGGUCAUAAAUAGGGUAGGGAAAAUCGCAGAUUUUGGUCAUAAAUAGGGUAAGGGUUUUGGGAAGCGGGCCGCACACCCCUACCCAAUUUUUCUGCGAGUACCCCCCCCGGGUUCAAUACCUACCAGUUCCAAGUUAUUUCAUGCAAAUAAGUGGCGGCCUAUUUCCUUCAAGUGCCUGCUGUGCUAUUGCAGGCAGAGGCUACACAUCAGGUGACCUUGAGUGAUCUUUGAAGAUUCAAAUGUAAUGUUAUCUUUGCUUUUUGUUUCAAACUUAUGAUGCACAUCAUGGGGACGAAAUGCCACGCAUUCAACCGUCGAUUGUAGAUUCAUUAGCAUAAUUGUCACACCACAUGGUGGUUGAUUCAAUAGACGUUUGACAAUACACGCGGUAAGUUCAGUGUGAUCUGAAUUCUCCUUUAACCCGUUUAUAUAUGUAGUUACUUUGAAAUACGGUCUCUCCGUGACAACGAAAAAUUAAUUUGUAUAAACUGACAGGGGUACUUCGCACUCUCUUCUGGAUCAAUCAAGGGCAUUUCACUCUCUGACUGGCAGCCAUUGCAAAGUAAGUGAUGUUCUAUUUCGUUUUCCCCGUAGCCUAAGAAAACAGCCCACAUUUCGCAACACUACCAAUGGUUUAUUACGUGGGGAAUCCAGUGGAAAAAUGUCGGCUGUUUUCUCAGGCUAUUUCCCCUAGUGUACCGGCUAAAAUAACGCAUAAAUUUAAGUGAUCUGAAAUUUAUAGUUAGCUUACCGUUUGUGUAACGAAAUGGUGACGAGUGAGCCCCGGGUCUUCAACUUUCUAAAUUCACAUAUUACGAACCGUUUAGGUCGACCCAAAUUACGAAGUUCGCCCUUUAGUUUAGCCUGAAUUUCAUCCGAUUACUUCGAGUCGUUAUUACUCCCUCAGUAACGUCUGAAUCGACCGGCCGUUAAUGCCGUCCAGUGACGUCACUACUCCUUGACCUUUGCUUUAAUUCAUGCAAAAAGCAAAACACGAUUUUCAAGUGGCAAACCGAGAAAUAUCGUUUGGAAAUGUCUGCAUGAUACAGAACUGCUUUAUUUUUUUCGAUUGUAAUUCAUGUUUAACGUUCAAACUAUCAACUGCAUGCGCUACAACUCUGAACCGGUUGUACUAAAUUCGAAAAACAAACUCGGUCGCAAUCACGCAAUGAAAUAAGCACACACACGGAACACUUAGUUCAAAAACACAAUGCUUUGCUUUAAUUGAAAAGAAGCUAUUUGGUCCUUAACGAAGAAAAAAAACAAGGAGACAAGAAAGAAAAGCUAACAGAAUCAUCACACUUGACGGUAAAAAUAGCAAGAAGGUCGAAUUAUAACAUUGAUCUCAGAAAACUUCACGUAAACAAAAUCACCGGCCGCCGAAACCACAAAGCGGCUCUGAAUGAAAAACCUACCGACUCUCGAUGAUUCUUCAGAUUCUUCAUUCGCAGUUCAAUUUAGCGUUUCAGUUUCGACGACAAGGGCAAUUUUGCUGUUUAAGAUAAAGAUUAAGCUUAUAGAAAUGUUUGAACAAACCGAACGAAUGCCAGGGAUGCGAUCAGCUGAAUAUCAAAUGACAAUCCCGCUAAAAUUUUUCAUAAUUAUUCAUAAUUAUGCGAAUGUUUGAACAAUCAACCAAUCAAAAUCACUACCCGGUUUUCGGGUAGUGAGUGACGUCACUGGACGGCAUUAACGGCCGGUCGAUUCAGACGUUGUUGAGAGGAGAAAACGACUCGAAGCAAUCGGAUGAAUUUCAGGCUACCUUUAGUUAAACGGCUGACUGAAGGCUGUCUUUUCCCUGAUCGGUUCAUGUGAAGUACGCGGCCUUUGACCCAGAAAGUUUGGCUGAUUGUUUCUUUUCUUAUUCUGGUUUUUCAAUCGGCUGAAAUAAACAAAUAGCUAUCUAGAGGGAGCGUCAGUCUGACAACACGUUUUUACCCGUCCGAAGUUUUUGCUGUGUUGGGGCAAGUGUAAUACGCCUUUUCUAGAAAUAAUCCAUCCCAUGACACAAAGCAAAGGUUUGCCUCAGAGUUUGAGUUUGCUCGUUGGCCACAUUUUACAGCAGGUUCUGUUUUAAAGAAAUGGUUCAGCGUCUCAAAACUAUUGCAGGAAUCUUCCCAUUAAGUUUAAGCUCUCAAACAAGUGACCGUUUCGUGACUAUUUCACCGCCCUUUAAGCGUUGCGUGACGAGAGAAAAACAUAGCUGGCAUUCCAAUAUUUAGUUCUACUGACAAAAGACCCUAGUCUUAAGUCACUCAGCAUAAAAGAAGUUACAAUCUUCCUAAAACGUGCGUCUAAGGGCCUGUUUACAUGGAGGUGGGGGGGGGGGGGGUAACCCGCCUGUCCAUACUAUCUCUCCUUUUAAUUUGAUCACGUUUACAUGAUAGGUGGGGUGACCCGCCAAGGCGGGUAGCCCGAUCUGCCAGACCGGGUUACCCUCUCAGGCGGGGUCAAAUUUUGCCAUGUAAAUGUUUCAAGGUGGGGUAACCCGCCCAGCCGGGGUCGGAUUCGGGAUACAUCAAAUUCGCGCAAAAUUCAUUUUGGCGGUGGCUUGGAAUUAUUAAAGGUAACAAUAGAAUUAGAGCGAGAGCAACAGCACUGAAGUUUGAAGCAAGAGCAGCAAGUGAGUGUAGAAGAGCAUUAAUCGCCAAAACACGUGGUUUGCCAGCAUUUUUCUUGUUUACGUGCUUAGCGACCAUUCAAUAAUCUUAAGAAAGUGCAUCCCGGGAUGGCAGGGUUGUAAGAUUACAUGUAAAGGAGGGCUAUUUUUUUAUCCCACCUAAGCGGGUUACCUCACCUAUCUGGGGUCCUCCACCUCUAUGUAAACAGGCCCUAAACAUACAUGUUCAUAGAAAUACUUUUGCCUUUUUUCCGAUUUCUUUUGACUAAAACCAAUAAACUAUAACUCAUCAACAAAGAACUUUUCGGUUGGAGAGAAGCGACGACCGAAAAUACGUCUGUUUCCGCGGGGUGGAGACUACUGGACCUCCUUUUCCUCCUCUUUUUACGAACUGAGGCAUACCAUAUUUUGCAUAUUUGGACCCCUGUUCUACACGUGAAAGGAACGCAGCACUUCACGCGACAGGUCACUCUUCAUCUCUCAUCUCAUAUAGCCGAUGGCAAAUUUGUGUUUUUGUUGUUAUUUCGUUUUUUGUUUUUUUUGGAAAAUUCCCUUUGUCUAAAAACAGAAGUAUAUAACUCUGAAGUGUAUAGAGGUAUAGCGCGGUUCCAGCGAAGUUUUUAUGGAGAACCAGUCAAAAUUUCCGUCCAACAUCGGAAUUACUGAUACGAGAGUGUCGCGAGUGCUUAGGAAAACCUUGAACCGUUUCGCGUUAUCCUUCUGGCAGUAUAGUAAAGGGCAGUGUUUACGAAGUAAAAUUCGACCAGAAUCGGAAUAUUAGGGACUUUAAGAACGGUGACCGGAAGUAAUUUUUUUUUCGCUACCAGUCAAUGCCUCAAGUCAGGGAGAUAACGUCGCUUAAAAGUGUAUUUGCGUUCUUUUACUCUUUAUCGUGAUUAUUCCAACUCUCUUACUUUGUCAAAUGUUGGCGAACUCUCCUGAGGUUGAAGCCGUGCAGUGACCCCCCCCCACGGCACUAGGGAAACGUUAAGAAAACAUUCGUAAAUUAAAAAAAGGGCGAUGCAUGGGCAAAUUCAGGGCCUGCUAGUAUUCACACCACUUGGUGAGUUGGCUGUAAUUUUCACUUGGGUGUCGUGCUUAACACCGAAAUUUGGGGCUUGUAAUCGAAAAAUGAGCCUUCAGAAAGUUCCAAGGAUGACCAAAAAAGGAUAAAAUACGUUUAUCUUGCGAUUCUGUUUCAAAUAUAGACUAGCGUUCUAAGCACGUAAAAUACAACGUAAUAAGUACUUAACGUACAAGACACUACGGCCAGCCAUGAUCCUGAUGAUCUUCUACGUAUUCAGGAAGCGUAGUACGGCCAGACAGUAAGUUUAGUUAUCUAAUCAACAACUUUGCACGUCCAUCUCAUUCUCUCAUCAAUAUUUCUUUGCGGCUAUCCAUGCACGACCACGACGUCAAAAUGCCUAAUUUCACGUUUUAUUGAAGACUUAAACAAACCAAGACGAACUUUUUUCCUCUAUGAAUUUGCCUACAUUUGACAAAAUGAGCCACUUGUAAUUAUCGUGAGAAAGUUUAAGGGAAUGUGAAUUGACUUUUCAUUGAAAAGCGACGUUUUGACCGCUGUCACCGUCGUGGUACUUGAGGCUUUGACGCGUGGCGGGAAAAAAAAUACUUCCGGCCCUUCCAUAGUCGUUGCUUAAAGUCCCUAUUAUUCCAAAUUGACCGGUUUGACUUCCUCCGGGCAAGAUAAUGUCAGUUAAUCGUGAUAAGCUUAACUUAUUGACGAAAUCUAAAGCGUGCUUCAAAUUCUAUGCGUGUGAAUUACGCAACUUGUUUUGCUUUUUCUCUUAUGGGAGUGUUCUUGGGGCUUCGUCACGCUUUCGUUGUCACGGAGGAUUGCGUGACGGGCCAAGAGAAGGGCCUGCGUAGUAUGCUAGUCUUAUAGUCUUAUAGUCUUCAAAGGUUGCUAUCUUAAUGUAGAGAAAAAAAGUGCAAAGGCCGUUUAGAAUGACAUAAAAAAUGUUAAAAUCUCCUUGCCAAGCAAAGUCACUAACAAAGUGCUCAUUUUAAUCCCUUUCCUCUUAUAGUUGCCAUGAGUCAAGGAUCACAUAUCGGCUUCACAGUGUUCGGCCUUGGACGCGCGGGCAUGAUCCAUGCCAAUAAUAUAAUAAGAAACCCGCAAGUGAGGUUGAAGUACAUUGUGGAUAUUGACGAAGACAAAGCCAAGGAGUUCGUGGAAUCGAAUCUGUUGGACACCAAAGUUGUCCCUCCGUCCGAUAUGGAGACUGCCUUGAGUGACCCAAGUGUUAAUGCCGCGGUGAUAACCACUCCGACACAUCUUCAUGAAAAACUGAUUGUAAGCUGUUUGAAGGCUGGAAAAGCUGUUCUUUGUGAGAAACCAAUUGCUACUACCAUGGAAGCUAUAGGUUAGUAUUUCCGCACAGUAUCAGAAAAAAAGGUGUGGUCUGCAAAAGACUUGCUUCGCCCCCUCACAUCUCACCUGUUCUCUCAUUCAUUUUCAGAGCGCUGUUACCAAGAUGCAGAAAACCGUAACAUUCCAUUGUUUUGUGCUUUCAACCGACGAUUCGAUCCAACGAUCGCCUCCGUGGCCAACAGCGUGAGAAAGGGCGACAUUGGUAAAGUUCAUAUAAUCAAGACCACAAGUCGCGACGGUCACCCGCCUUCCGCAGAAUACAUAAAGAUUUCAGGAGGGAUGUUUUACGACUCCUGUAUACAUGACGUCGAUCUAAUCUGUUGGAUCAUGGGGGAGACUCCCCUUUCAGUUUACUGUGUGGCGCAUGCCUUCAAUUCGGAAAUAGGAGCCCUCAAUGAUGUUGAUACCUUGGGUGUGGUCAUGAAAUUCCCCAGCGGUGCUAUAGGUCAGAUAGAUAUGUCGCGCCAUGCGGUGUAUGGGUACGACCAACGCGUUGAAGUUUUUGGUUCAGGUGGUAUGCUUAGUAGCGACAAUGUGUCGGCCUUUUCAUCUCAUCUUUUUAACUCUAGGGGAUGCUCUGAGCCUCCAUUAAAGGAAUCAUUUCCUCAGAGAUAUGCUGAGUCGUAUAAUCUAGAGAUGCUCCAUUUUAUUAAUACAAUAAAAAAGAAGGAGGCGUUAAGUGUUUCUAAAGAUGAUGUGCUUCGCUCAUGCCAUGUAGUUGAAGCCAUUGAGAAGUCUUUCCGUAGCGGUAACCCAGUCUCUUUGAGCGCAUAGUUAAUAGUCAGAACAGAUUAUUGCUACGUUUCACAUUUGAAACUUAUGUUUUGUGGGUUGUCACGUGAGAUGCAACCCCUCACUCAGAAUCCUCUUGGUUUUUGGUCAGCGAGAUUACUUCAGCCAAGGAAAACUACAGCAUUUAUGACAUUUAUCGGCCACUAACAUUUUGAUUUGCUCCGCGCAGAAAAUAAUGCAUACGAAACAAAACGUUCGAAUUGUAGAGCUCGGAGACGCUCGAUUUGCCUCUCGAUCUUGCUGGAAACUGAUAAAUAUUAAUUCUCGUUGAGGAAAUAGUGUUCCUUUUGAUCAUGACUUUCUUGGCGAGGAAUGUCAUUUUCACUUCACUUUAUGAGGCCUCUACUGAUUGUCCAUAUAUCUAGGGUUUCGCCACUAAUUGGGUAAAACGUUUGUAUCUUUUUGGCUUGCUUAGUUCAUGUGUGCAAUCAUUUGUGGCAUUUGCUUUGCCGUGUAAUUCAUUGUCGAGUGUUAUUUGUCCAUUUUCAUUAACUGAAGUGUUGAAACUUAUAAGUUAUUAAUUAUGUAAUU